UGCGGCGGCCGGCGGGCUGAGCGCGGGGGGAUGCGCGCUGCGCCGCGCAGCCAUGUCGCGGGUGAGCGGCCCCGGCCCCGGCCCGGCCGGCAGCGCCAAGGAGAAGCGCUCCUUCAGCAAGCGGCUGUUCCGCGGGCGGGCGGCGGGCGGCGGCUCGGCCCCGUCCGCCUCGCCGACCCCGUCCGGGCGGUCGCUCGGCGGGUUCAUGAGCCGCGUGCUGAAGACCCUCUCCACUCUCUCGCACUACAGCAGCGAGCCCGAGUCCCGCGGCCCGCACGCCCCGCGCCUGCCCCCGCCGCAGGCGGCCGGCGGCCUGGGCAGCUGCUUCCCGCCGGGCCCGCCGCGCAGCCCCGAGCCCCCGCCGCGGCCCGCCGGGGGCCCGGAGGCCGUGCCCGGCGUGGCGGGGCUGCGCAACCACGGCAACACCUGCUUCAUGAACGCCAUCCUGCAGUGCCUCAGCAACACCGAGCUCUUCGCCGAGUUCCUGGCGCUGGAGCAGUUCCGCGGGGGGCCGCCCCCCGCCGCCCCCAGCCCCGCCGCCGACGGACCGCCGGCCGCGCCCGGCGAGGUCACAGAGCAGCUGGCGCAGCUGGUGCGGGCGCUCUGGACGCUGGAGUACACCCCGCAGCACAGCCGCGACUUCAAGAACAUUGUGUCCAAGAACGCCAUGCAGUACCGCGGGAACGCCCAGCACGACGCGCAGGAGUUCCUGCUGUGGCUCCUCGACAGAGUCCACGAGGAUCUGAACAACGUGGUGAACUACAGUGGGAUGCCUCCGCUCAAGCCGCCCCUGGAGGAUGAUGUGCUGCUCGAGGGACCAGCCUUUCCAAUCAGCAGUACUUUCGUGCAGGAACUCUUUCAAGCCCAGUACAGGUCCUCUCUGACGUGCCCUCAUUGCCAGAAGCAGAGCAACACCUUUGACCCUUUCCUCUGCAUCUCUCUGCCAAUUCCUUUGCCUCAUACACGGCCGCUCUACGUGACCGUGGUGUACCAGGGCAAGUGCUCUCACUGCAUGCGCAUUGGUGUGGCUGUGCCAGUGGUGGGGACGGUGGCCAGGCUGCGGGAAGCUGUGUCCUCAGAAACCAAGAUACCAACAGAACAGAUUGUGCUGACAGAGAUGUACUAUGAUGGGUUUCACCGUUCCUUCUGCGACACUGAUGACCUGGACACCAUUCAUGAAAGCGACUGCAUUUUUGCCUUUGAGACCCCAGAGAUAUUUAGGCCUGAGGGUAUCCUCAGUCAGAGAGGAAUACAUGUGAACAAUAACCUGAAUAACUUGAAAUGCGGCACUGAACACUCCCGAACAGUAUCUUACACUCAAGGAGCAGCAAAGUCUGGAAAACUGGAGCAGUCCUCUCCUAAACCAGCAGCAAAUGACAAGAUUGUCUUGCUGGUGUGUAACCGAGCGUGCACUGGGCAGCAGAGCAAAAGGUUUGGCUUGCCCUUUGUGUUGCAUUUGGAAAAAACAAUUGCUUGGGAUAUUCUGCAGAAGGAAAUCCUGGAGAAGAUGCAGUAUUUCCUGCGGCCUGCAGCCUGCCUGCAGGUUUGCCCAUUCAGCUUGCGAGUGGUUAGUGUUGUGGGCAUAACGUACUUGCUACCUCAGGAGGAGCGACCCCUCUGCCACCCAACGGUGGAAAGGGCAUUGAAGUCAUGUGGACAGGGGGGAACUGCUCAUGUGAAAUUAGUGGUAGAAUGGGACAAAGAAACUAAAGAUUACUUGUUUGUGAACACUGAAGAGGAAUAUAUUCCAGACUCUGACAGUGUCCGCCAGCAGAGAGAGCUUCAUCACCAACCUCAGACCUGCACUUUAUCUCAGUGUUUCCAACUGUACACCAAAGAGGAACAGCUUGCCCCAGAUGACGCAUGGCGAUGCCCACACUGCAAGCAACUGCAGCAGGGUAGCAUCACACUGAGCCUCUGGACCUUACCGGAUGUUCUCAUCAUACAUCUCAAAAGGUUUCGACAGGAAGGAGACCGAAGGAUGAAACUUCAGAACAUGGUUAAGUUCCCCCUGAAUGGUUUGGACAUGACUCCUCACGUUGUGAAACGCAGCCAGAGCAGCUGGAGUUUGCCAUCUCACUGGUCACCCUGGAGGAGGCCCUAUGGUCUUGGGAGGGAUCCUGAGGACUAUAUCUAUGACCUGUAUGCUGUCUGCAAUCAUCAUGGCACCAUGCAGGGGGGACACUAUACAGCAUAUUGCAAAAAUUCGGUUGAUGGUCAGUGGUACUGCUUUGAUGACAGUGAUGUUCAGCAACUUCCUGAAAAUGAAGUCUGCAAGCAAACAGCUUACAUUCUUUUCUACCAGAGGCGCACAGCAAUCCCAUCCUGGUCUGCCAACAGCUCUGUGGCAGGCUCCACAAGCUCCUCGCUCUGUGAGCACUGGGUCAGCCGCCUGCCCGGCAGCAAGCAGCCCAGCAUCGCUUCGGCAGCCUCCUCGCGGCGCACAUCCCUGGCUUCGCUCUCGGAAUCAGUAGAGCUGACUGGGGAAAGGAGUGAAGAUGAUGGAGGAUUUUCGACUCGUCCCUUUGUGCGAAGUGUCCAGCGCCAGAGCCUGUCAUCCCGAUCGUCUGUCACCAGCCCGCUGGCAGUGAGUGAGAACGGUGUCAGGCCCUCCUGGUCCCUCUCUGCGAAGCUGCAGCUGCGCUCCAACUCACCAUCGCGCUUCUCUGGAGACUCCCCGGUGCACACCUCUGCUUCCACCCUGGAGAAGAUCGGGGAGGCUGCUGACGAUAAAGUCUCCACCUCCUGCUUUGGCAGCCUGAGGAACCUCUCUAGCAGCUACCUGGAGCCCUGCGAUGGCAGUCGGCGGGAGCACAGGACGGCUCGCAGGGCUCCUUUGGCCGUCAUGGAAGGGGCGUUCAGGGAAGAGGCUGUUGUAAGGACAUCUAGCUCAGAUCUUUCAGAUGAGUAUGGCAAAAGCUCUGUGCAGCCAGACAGGAAUCACCCUGCUUUGGACCCUUUUGAUAACAACAACCAAAUCGCCUUUGUUGAUCAGAGUGAUUCUGUGGAUAGCUCUCCUGUCAAGGAGGUGAAAGCCCCCGGUGGGACGGUGCUGGCUGCAGAGAAGGCAGAUGGCACUCCUAAGAAGGUUCACAGCUCCAAGGGAGUUUCUGAGCCAGACAAAAGUUUGAGGAAGGGACGGACAGGCUUAUCUACGCAAGAGACCAAAGUCUCUCAUGCUUCUCCUCCUCCACUAAAGAGUGCCCAGAAAGUGUCCCGGUCUAGAAGUAAGACGGACUCCUCUAGGGCCAGCGGGCGCCAUGGGUCUCCCGCUCCCACUCAGGCUAGGAGGGACCAUAGCACGAAGCCCCUUGAGGUGGCUGUCCCAUCGGCCCAGCAGAAGCAAAGGCCAGGUUCAUCUCCAUCCUCCACAGCUGCCAAGAGAACCCCAUCGGGCUCAUUGACUAAGGGCUCUUCUGCUGGGAAGAGCCGGACUUCAGACCGAAGCCUCAGCAGGGAGGGCUCUAAGCUAAGCCUGGGGUCGGAUAAGACGAGCGUUACCAGCAGCUCGAGAACGAGCUCCCCGCGGAUCAGCCACUCCAGGAGCGACAGCCGCGCCGUGGACAGCAAGCACGUGCGGAGCUCCUCCAUGGCCAACCUGCGGUCUCCAAACGUGGGUGUGCGCUCCGCCCUGAAGAGGGACAGCAAGUCAGAGGAGAAGGGGCUGUCCUUCUUUAAAUCGGCCUUAAGGCAGAAGGAGACGCGGAGGUCAGCAGACCUGGGGAAGACCACGAUGCUCUCCAAAAAGACGGGGAGUGGCAGUUCCAAGUCAGGCAGUAAAAACGUGCUGGAAGAUAAAUCAGAGAAAGGUGUUGUCCCACCAGCCUCCCAAACCAAUGCCAACCUUACUGCAAAAGAAAAACUUGUCCCUAAAGACGCUGCCCCCAGCAAACAUUCUCUGCUACCCAGUCGCAAGUCCAAGUCUUCCCAGCUAGAUCCCGGAGUCCAGUCUCCUCCUUCCAGUGGCAAGCAGGCUGCUGACAAGCCACUGAAAAGGUUACCUUCCAGCAUGCAGGUGUCUGUACGGCCUUCUCUGGAACCUCAGUGAAAUGCUGCAAUCCAGGUGUCUUUUCUUCUGCUGAGAAGCUAAUUUAUUGAGCUCUUGUUUUUUUGUUCAUGUGCCUAAUGUCUGUUUUGAGGAGAAGUUAACUGCAAGUUGUUAAAGCGCCUUUUGAUUCUGCCAUCAAACCAAAUAGCCACAGGCAGCCAGCACUGAUGCAAGUAGUCUAGCUGGAGUCGUUGUUGAACAUGAAUGCAGCUGUCCCAUA